AUGGUGACGAUGGUGCGGCACCUGCUGCCCCUGCUGCCCCUGCUUGCACUCGCGCUGUGCUGCACGUCCUUGUGCGAAGCGUCCAGUUAUUCGCUUUCUUGGAAGGACUUGCCUGUCGUGAACAGGAGGCGGGAUAAAGUGAGUAAGAGACGGGAGAGGCCGGAGGGGGUGCCGAGGACGCCGUGGGGGGAUUACCAUCAUAUCUCGUACUACGGCCAUGGCCCGUGGAUACGCGACUAUGGGGCUCGGGACCCGAUAAGGCCACUAAAUUACGGCCGCCGUCCGAGGCCCAAUACGACACAGCUUAACGCUGAGGAUGCGAAGUAUGUGCACGAAAAAUCUCUCCACGCCGUGUCAGUGACCGAGGAUGGGAAGAGGGCAGUUGAAGCAGCACAGAAAAAGGCGGAGACGACUCAAAAUGCAGCAAAAGAAGCCUUUAAAGCUUCAACGCUUGCCAACACGACAGCGAAUGCAUCACUCAAUGCGUUUGAAGCACUGAAGAAAGCAUUGAAGGGGAAGCAAACUAUAUCAAUUGCGUCGGAGGAAGACUCCGCGUUGAAGGGCUCACUCGAAGAGGCCGUUGCAAGCAUCAAUAAAACGGUGGAGAAGUCCAAGCAGGCCAUUACGAAGUUUGUUGAAGCAGCAAAUCAAACGAUAGCUUUGGCGACGGAUACAAACGCGGGGGUUUACUCUCUUGGGUUUGCUUUGGAUGACGCUAAGGAGAUAAAAGAACGUUUUGGUGCGGCCUACAAAAACACUUCGGCUGCCGAAGACAAAGCUGAUUCUGCCAUUACGAGCGCACGGCAUGUUUACGGGUACGCUAUGAGUACAAGCACCAACACAGACGCAGCGAAGCGUCACCUUGAGUCCGCAGUGAAGAGUGCGGAGGCCGCAUACAGAGUGAUGGCCGCUGUGAAGACCCCCGUGUCUACAGAGAUCACACCAACUAUUUCGUCGACUGAGAUUGAAAAGGCACUGGGUCAUGUGCAGACCGCCGCUAAAGAAGCUCAUCAAGCCAUGGAGCAGGCACAGAAGGCAUUGAAUGACGCCGAGACGUCAUUAAGGCACGCUAAACGGGCGGUGGACCAUACUGUGACUCUGGAAGGGUUCAUCAAGGCUGUGGAAGAAGCUGCGCUGGCGGAGCGGAAACGAACUAAUCCGGAGAGGGUACUUUUCAGCUGUCUCUCAGGUUCAGGAAGAACUGUCGCCACAGUCCGAAGCAGAAACGCUUCAGGCGACUGA